AUGUUUAGUUUUGCGUGUGUGGAAAGGUCCACAGCCAUUCCCGUCCACUCUGACAAAAUUGAUCUGCCCGCGUCUGUGCUGGAAACUCUUGUGAAGCAGCACGAUCCAUUGCCGCAUCCCCUGACGUUUCGACUUGCCACCGCCACCAAUGUGUGCUACGCCGGUGUUCGUGAAUUCAGUGCUCCAGAAGACAUGGUACUUGUUUCUGGCGAUUUGUUUGGGGUCUUGAAAGGGGAGAGUGGAGGCCCGGUUCAGGCAGAGCUGAUUGAGCUGCCGAAAGCCACCGAUCUGAGUAUCAAACCGCUAAAAUUCUACAAAAACAUUUUGGACUGGAAAUGGUUUUUGGAGGCAAAGCUCACGAAAUAUUAUUGUGCGCUCACACGAGGGCAGACUCUGCAUCUAGAAGACGAGUUUGGCUCGUACGAGCUUCUGAUUGACAGGCUUGAACCGGCGCCUACCGUUUGCAUCAUAGACACAGAUAUCAAUCUGGACAUUGUUCCUCUGAACGACGAAAUGGCCCGGCAAUUUUUGCACAGAGAGACUAUCGACGCUAUUCGCGUCAACGAAAAUGCACAGACCGAUAAGCUGCUCAAGCUCGAGCUAGAAGAUCACGAGCGUGUGCUUAUCACUGCCGAUACCGACUUUGUCGUUUCCAACAUGUCCAAUGUAAGCGACCAUUCUUUUAUAUGGCAUACAUUGAACGGCGACAACAAGAUAGUGCUACAGAAUACGUUUCCAUACUGCGAAAAGACACUGUAUCUGCUGCCCUUCGCGCCCACGCUGGUCCAGCUAUCGGCGUACUCGACUGAAACAGCCAAUCCCGUUUCCUCAGCCAAUGUGUGCAGUAACUGUGGAGCCACGGUAGCUGCUGCCUCAAAGAUAAUGCACGAGAAUUUCUGUCUGCGCAACAAUGUCAAGUGUCCGCGUGGAUGCGGCAAGGUGUUCCUCAGAACCGUGCCUGAUAAUCAUUGGCACUGCUGCGGAGCGUACGGAGACGACGAGACAUCUCUCAAGAGACACCAAAAAUACUAUCACGAUCCCGUGCCAUUGGAGUGCUCCCGAUGCUCCCAGACGGUCUCGACCAAAUUAGUGGAUCACUGUGUGCAUCUUGCUACGAGCUGUCCUUAUACGUUGCAUGAGUGUAGAUUUUGUCAUUUAAUGGUGCCCAAGAUGGAAGCAUCUACAGAUGCCCUAAUUUCUGGGAUGUCGCAGCACGAGCUCGAAUGCGGAUCGAAAACUACAGAAUGUCCAAGAUGCAAGCGAAACGUCAGACUUAGAGAUUUGGAGUCGCACAUGCAACUACACGAGCUCAACAGGGUGGCGAAGCCCAAACCUGUGAUCUGCUCAAAUGUCAAUUGCAUCCGAGAAGCAGCUACUUCAAACGAGCUGAGAUUAUGUGAAUUUUGUUUUGGGCCACUAUAUUCACCUAUUAAUGAUCCAACAGGCCAGAAAUUGCGCAGCCGUAUCGAACGACGAUACAUUCUGCAACUAAACUCUGGCUGCGGAAGCACGUGGUGCAAAAAUAAAGAGUGCAAAUCUAGCGGGAUGGCGUCCUUCAAAAAUAUCGGCGACAUCCUAAACCACAUUAAAACACAGUUGAUGAACUCGUCGGUAUUCUAUUUCUGCGUCGAUCUAGCUACUACCAAAAAAUCGAUGAUGGUCUCGCUGCUGUUGGAUGAACACGAAUAUGAUAGAGCGUGGAUCUGCAAAGCGGUCCAAGCAAGAGACAACCUUGAAGACGUAAGGUCCUGGCUGAGUAAUAAUGCAGUGAGAAUCGACGAGGUGUGA